AAGCAUGGCCUCGCGCAGGCUGUAAAUGGCCCAGAACUCUCCAUAUUCGACUAUAUCCACAUUAGCAGUUUAUGAAUGACCCGUCUGGUAUCUGUUUUUGUUAAACCUUUAAAGCGGCACUAGGGAGGCGAUGACUUACGAAUUUGGGCGCGAGAGUGGUUUUAUCAACAGCCAGCCAUCGCUCGCCGAGUGCCUGACAUCCCUCACUAACCCUGUCUGUGAUGCGUUUCAAAAUUCAUCAAUCAAGAGCUCGGCGCUUUCACACUCAGCCCUGAUUCCUCCUCCUUUUGAGCACAGCAUUCCCAGCCUGAACGUAGCGGAUCAUCCACGCCACGGAAGCACCCGCUCCAAACAGACCUGGAAAGGCUGCGUGGAAGCGCGUCAGGCUGCUUUUUCGCCAAAGGAAUACCCGUGGAUGAAGGAAAAGAAAAGCAUCAAGAAGAGCCAGGCUUCCACGGAGUCGUCACCACUUUACUUCUCACCCCAAGGUUCCCCUGAGGAGGAGGAUGCCGGGGUUGGAGCGGUAUCGCGGAGGCUGAGGACCGCAUACACCAACACACAGCUGCUGGAGCUGGAGAAGGAGUUCCACUUUAACAAAUACCUCUGCAGACCCAGGCGCGUGGAGAUAGCAUCCUCACUGGAUUUAACCGAGAAACAGGUGAAGGUCUGGUUCCAAAACAGACGCAUGAAGCACAAGAGGCAGACACACAGCAAAGAGAACCGAGACAGCGACGGAAAAUACGCGGGCGAGGACGACGAGGAGGAGGACGACUUCGAACAGACUGAAGACGGCGAGGCAGCACAGUAUUUUCCCCAGAAUACCGUGAACACUCAGGACCAGAGUGCUCAGAACAGAGAGAGCCAUUUCCCUGCUGUUACGCUGCAGAACAGUAAUGACAAACAUGUGAAACAUUUUCCAAAUGCGACGCCCGCUGCUCCGAUGUGCGCGUCCACAAUAGGCCCGAACAAUACGCAUUCCCCAGCGCAGACCACUGUGCAAGAUUUCGCCGUUUUCUCUCCGUCCUCGUCUUUCUCACCGAGUUUGUCAGAUUCUUUACAAAGUCCACUGACUUUUUCCAGCGACACUUUUGAUCUUUUCUCAGAAACGCUCACAACUAUUGAUCUGCAGAACUUGAGUUAUUGAAACUCCUCUGUUCACUGUAUGCGUUACUAAAAUGGAAUAAUAUUAGCCUAUAGAACUCAAAU